AUGAAAGCAUCUGGUUCACCUUGUCCUCUCGAUCAAAUAUCAGUCAUAUGCUUUAAGCGAUGUCCUUACCUAAGAACUUAUUUAACUGAACUAAUACGCUCUGUCUGGCUUUCAGGAUCUAUCCCGAGUGAAUGGAAAAGAGCUUGCACUAUACUUAUUCAUAAGAAAGGCAACACGAGUAUUCCCUCAAAUUUCCGACCGAUCACACUCGAAUUUAUACCGCUUAAAGUAUUUACAUCAUGUCUGCGUAAUGCAAUGUACUCCUUUCUCACCGCCAAUAACUUUAUAGAACAUAACAUACAAAAAGGCUUCACCCCAAAUCUGUCAGGUACUAUGGAACAUACUGCGCAAAUGGCUAAUAUAAUAAACAAAGCUCGGAUAAAACAACGUUCACUUGUCAUCACACUACUUGACCUCAAAAACGCUUUUGGAGAAGUUCAUCACAACUUAAUCCAAUCUGUCCUUGGCUAUCAUCACAUCCCUAAUCACAUGAAUAAUUUAAUAAAAAGCUUAUACACUGAUUUUAAAACUUCCGUAAUUACGUCUGAGUUCCGUACCCAUUUUAUACCUGUUGGCCGUGGUGUAUUGCAAGGUGACUGUCUUAGUCCUCUACUAUUUAAUAUGUGUUUCAACACAUAUAUUCAGCAUAUCAAAGCUGAAAAGUACCGUCAGUUCGGUUUCUCCCUCCAACUUCUUAAUCCAAUCCACUGGUUUCAGUUUGCCGAUGAUGCUGCGGUUAUUACUGGUCAAGAGUCGGAAAAUCAACAUCUCCUUAAUCGAUUCUCUAUCUGGUGUCAAUGGUCCAACAUGGUUGUUAGAGUUGAUAAAUGUAGCACAUUUGGCAUCAAAAAAGUUUUAUCAAAAUCUGCCCAGUACCUGCCGAAGCUUUUGAUCAAUAAGGAUCUCAUACCAACGAUUAAGACUGGAGAAUCAUUUGAGUAUUUGGGACGACAUUUCGACUUUAACAUGACUAAUGAAAAACAUAAAUCUAAAGUGAUUUCCCUCAUUGAUGAACUAAUGUCCGAAAUAGAUCUUAAACCUCUUCACCCAAAAAACAAAAUUUUACUUUACAGUCGUUAUGUUUUGUCCAAGCUAUCCUGGCAUUUUACUGUUGCUACGAUAUCUAAAACUUGGGUAGUCGAAAAUAUCGAUUCUUCGGUGAACAAGUACAUCCGAAAAUGGCUGGAAGUACCUAUAUCUGGAACACUGAGUAACGUUUUUCUAACCCAUAAUAAGUUUGGUCUAAAUAUCCUCCCUGCAUCAGUCAAAUUCAUUCAGUGUCAAACAGUUCUACGCAAUGCCCUAAAAACAUCUCCAAACGAUUCAAUAAACGAACUGUGGAAGUCAACUAAUAAUCAUACUAACAUUCAAUACGAUAGCUACAACUCAACUAAAGAAGUUUUAAAAACUUUCCAUUCUCAACAAGAAAAUAAACUUAGGAACCAUUUGAAAUGUCAAGGUUCCUUUUUCGAAAAUGUUUCUAAAUUCUCCCUGUCACAACUUAACGCAAUCUGGUCGGUAUCGCAAUCAAAGCUACCAAAGAACAUUUUCAACUUUACAAUUCGUUAUAUAAAUAAUACCCUUCCUACCCGAAAGAACCUCAGUAGAUGGGGAAUUUCAUCAAGUUCUGACUGCUCGUUCUGCUUACACCCUGAAUCACUUCUACACGUUGUUGCCGGUUGUCAACAUUACUUGGAACGAUUUACUUGGAGACACGAUUGCAUACUAAACUUUCUUGCAAAAACUUUUCAAAGUUUAAACGAAUGCAAAUUACAUGUUGAUCUUCCUGGAUUUGAAAGCCCCUCGAUUAUUACGGGAGAUGAAUAUCGUCCUGAUUUACUUGUCUCUACUUCAGACAAACACCUCUACGUUGUUGAACUUACCGUAGGCUUUGAAUCAAACCUCACAAACAAUGUUAACCGCAAGAAAGCUAAAUAUAAAAACCUAAUUAGAGAACUGGAUCAAAACUUUACAUUAGUUAAAUUUAUAAAUCUUUCUGUCAGUUCGCUAGGGGUGUUUGACAAAGAAUGUCAUACAUUCGUAAAAAUGCUAAAUGAGUUAGGACUGGAUAAUCAACACCAACAAUAUUGUAUCAGAAAAAUUAUAUCUAUUGCCAUCCGAUCAACGUACUACAUAUUUUGCUGUAGAAAUAAAGAAUGGACAAAUCCCGAACUAAUGAACAUUUAA